GGGCGACGACGCGCCAUCUACUGGAAUUACAGAAGCAGUGCAGACACGAAGAGUUUACCCAAACCUAUUCUGCUUUUUUACAUUAUAAAAUAACAUGCAUACAAUUUCUUAUAAUACAGACAUAUUCUCAAUAACUUUAACAUCCGUACAUGUAUAUAUCUAAACCCACAACCCCAACCCAUACGGUACCUACAGUUUUUUUAAAGUCACUGUGUACUAAGCCGACAGUGAAAUGUGAAAUUAGACAUUGAUUCAUGAAGAAUGAUAUAUCAUGUCAAGGGUUUGUCCUGUCCUCCAGUAUACUCAUUCAGCUCGACACAACUAAUUGAGGACUGAAAGGGUUAAGAAGGGGUGUCCUGGGUGUGUGGCUGGUGUGCAGCGCUCCGGGACACGGAAGUGUGCUCACAGAGUGCAGAGCAAAAUACUGCUGCUGGAGAAACAGGUAGCUCUGUGUCCUGUGCGUGUUUCAGUGGACGGGAGAGUCCUGGGUAUCAGUUGGCACAAUGCCGAAGAGGAGAGCCGCAGAGCCUGGUGAAGCUGUGUCUUAGCAGCGUGGCCGACAACAUGAAGGAGUGGGCUAGAGACUACGCUGACAACUACCUGGACCAGUACAGCUUCCUCUACAUCAUGGGCCCCUUCAACCAACUCCCGGGUAGUCUGGUACAGGAGUUGCUGCGGUUGCUGUCAGAGUCUCAUCGUGUGAGCCGCACGUACCUGCACCUGCUGCUGGUGCCUCACCUGAGUGCUCUCAGUCUGUCCGGCUGCUCCAGCAUCGUCAGCAACGCCGUGGCCCAGCUCGUGGGGGCCCGCUGCCAGAGCCUCACCUCCCUGUGUCUGCGGGAUUGUAAGCGGGUGCAGCCGGGUGUGCUGGUGGACCUGGUGGAGUUGCUGCCGGGACUGCGCAGUCUGGACCUCUCGGGGUCUCAGUGCAACACACAGGUCCUGUCUGCCGUGGGCUCCUCCUGCCCUGCCCUCCGCGAGCUCCACGUCUCCAAUUGCAGGGCCGUGACCUCUAGGGGGCUGCUGCACCUGGCCUUUGACCCCACACGGGGGUGCUCCACCCACUCUCAGCUCCGCAGGCUGGCUGCCUCUAACAUCGACUCCAGAGGCGGGGUGGACAGCGUGGGGCCAGCCGCCUUCCUCCUGCUGGCUUUACCCCACCUGGAGCACCUGGAUCACAGCGGCCUGGUGGAGGCCUGCACCUUGAUCUCCCGGCUUCACUUCCAGACGAUCGACUGCUUCGCAGCGAAGGAAGGCUUCCCCUCUCUGAGUGAGCUGGUCCACAGCAGAGCAGGCGAAGGAGUGGACGGUGAGGCCAGCCCAGUCUGCUUGAACCUGAGGCAGAUGUCUGAAGUAGAAGCCGAGCAGCUGGGGACCCUGAUGCCUGUGUGUGGAGAGGUGGUGGAGGUGUCUGUGCUCUGCGGAGAGGAGCUGGGGUCUGACUGGGGUCUGUCACUGUGGAAGACCCUGACCCACCUCACUGUCCAGUCCACCGGGGUGCACAGCAGGCCCCUGAGGGACCUCCUACUAGCCCUGGAGGUCCUGGGGCCCAGCCUGCGCCUGCUCACCAUCCAGGACUUCUCUCUGGACGACUCUCUGGACCCGAUUCUGAGUUUGUGUCCGAACUUGAGGGUCCUCCACUGCCACCUCCAGCCCCCUGCCACCGCCCUGCACGAAGACCACGAGGCUGACGAGUCUACCUGGGCCAUGGAGCUCCGACUACUGCACUUCAGGGACUUAUUUCUGGGGUUCCCUCCCUGCUCCCCUGGGCUCACCGCACAGACCUGUGCUGGCCUCCAGGGGACCCUGGCCUCGCUGCUGUCUGGCGCCACCCAGGUGGAGAGGGUCUCCCUGCACGGCCUGCCCUUCUCCCUGGACAGGGUGCUCUGCAAGGCCCUGGAGGGGCCUGGGGCUCCCCUGUGCCGCCUGCAGCACCUCAGCCUGGCACACAGCAGCGUCUCUAUGGGCACCGUGCUGGGGCUGAUGGACCAGGGGAACCAGCUGAGCAGACUGGACCUGAGUGGCUGCCAGGACAUCUACCGCAGAGACUUCGACCGGCUGGAGAGCUUGGCCAGGGAGAGGGGCUACGACCUGCAGAUCACCUGGAGCUGAGGCCCCGAGGCUGGGGGGGGGGUCACCAAUCGGUUAUAGAUGAAGGAUUAAGAGCUAGUGUUUUGGUCGGUUUUUGGUGUUUAUAUCUAUGAGACUGGGAAGCAAAGUAUUACAGUGGUUAGAUCUAAGGACUGGGAGCCAGGAGGCAGUGUGGUCUAGUGGUUAUCCAAGGUGAAGAAAGCAUAGCUGAAGUAAAGAAAGUAUAUUAGAAGAGGUGUUUAGGUGUGUUAUUUUCAAUGCUGCAAGCUGUGUAUUAUCCCUGUGGUUACAGGAAACCAAAAAGGGGGUCCCUGCCUAGCAAAUGCAGAGCGCCUGUAUGCUUUGUUUUUUAGAUAUCACUUGACUUGCUAAAUAAAAACAAACUGAUCUAAGUGUUACAGACUGCUCAGAAGAUCAUGUGGUACAUUACUGUAUUCAAGGGCUGGCUGAUUUAAAUCCCUGAUUUAAAUCAUUUUUUUAUUUACUACCUGUUUUAUAUAAUUUCUCAAGGAAAAUACGUGAAAAGUAUGUUUUAAAAACCUUUUAUUAACACAGACAUCUUAAACCCUUACUGUCCAUAAACUCAAACUCUUAGGGCUGUAUUGUGAUCGCAGCGCAAAUGCGUGUACGUAAAAAAAAUAAAAUAAAUAAAUACUGCACUGAAAUGGCAUUCUGAAGACAUGUCUUGCCCCGUUAUAGAGCGCCUGCACCAUCAUUAACAUAUUCACUGAAGCGAUUCUGAUGACAGUGCAGUGGGGUCCCAAACAGACAAUUGAGCUCUGUGUUAGACCCGCUGAAACCAGGUUUAUUUAGUGGUGCAAUCAGGAACUUUAAUAAUUGAACACACUAUAAAAAGCAAAGCAGUCCUAAGUAACAACUGCAUGUGUUUGGACCGACACAGAAAGAGGAAAUCAAAGAAAGAAAAGUAAAAGAAAAGAAUGCCUGGGAUGAGUGAGGGGGAUUUUUCUCUGGCGUACUCCAUCGCUAAAUUCUUGUAGUUCACAUUUAGAGGACGCCACAAUGAUAAAUCAUUUGCUUUAUUUAUGUAUUCAAUUAAGAUUUAAGAGUAAUUUAGUUUGGUAUGUAACUAUUCACAAACCACUAUUUUCAACAUCCUUAAAUUUAUAGUUUGGAGGUACUGUAGAGCUACAACUACGGUACUACAAAAAAAAUUCCAUAAUUAAAAUAAAUAAAUAAAUUGAUUUAAAUAAAAAAAAAAUCAGAUUUUUUUUAAAGAAUAAAAAAAUUGCCAACUGCUGUAUUCUCUACAAGUUAUUGUUCAAGUGGCCACACUGUAAUUAUAGUGCUGUACCACUAGGGGGUGUAAUUGAUCGCCAUGUUUUCCACACUGACUCUGAGGUUGCACUGUAAUUAUAGUGCUGUACCAUUAGGGGGCGCAAUUGAUCGCCAUGUUUUCCACACUGACUCUGAGGUUGCACUGUAAUUAUAGUGUACCAUAUCACAGUAAAUAGAUUAAUGUAGAGAUGGAAAUAAGUCUCCCAUUGCACAGCAGUUUCAUCCAAUCAUGGUUUUACUAUGAGUUUAAUAAGACACAGCUGGGCCUGUUACCUAUAUACAGUGGCUACUGAAGCACCUAGUAAAACCUGGAAUGGGUGAAACUGCUAUGCGUUGAGUCUUGUUUCCAUCCCUGCUCUUCUGUACAGUGGUAUGUCUUCUUGGAUUCAGGGGUAUGGAGAUAUUUAGCAAGCAAGCAGAGUGAGGUACUCUACCCCCCUCUAGCCCCCCAGCACAGGUUGUACAGAACGUGCAUGCCUGUCAUUCAUACACUGGGGAAACGUGUUGAUUCUGGAACAAACAAACACCAUGGAGCCACAGUUGUUGCAGUGACAUGUUUUAUUGCUGUAUCAAAAACACCACAUAGAACACUCCCACACCCCCCAGCACGUAUUGGUACAGACUAAUCCAUAUCGAAUCACUGGGGGUAGGGCAUGUUAACCCACUGAGACGUCUUGCUUACUCCUUAUCGUGCUUUCACUUACAACAGCUUGAAUAAAUCUCACCUGUAGGGUUAAUCAUAGGUGGUGUUCAUGCAGCGAUUGAGCUGGACCACAUUAUUGAACAAUGUUCUAGAUGCACAAACAUGCCUCCGGAUCAUUUAAAUUGUAUAUAGGCCUCUGUUAGGGCCAGUCAAGGGACAAACAACAUGUGGCCUAAUAGCGUGGUGGCCUUAAUACUGAAUGUCUAUUAAAACUGAAGUCAUUGGAACUGGGCUUGUUUUGUAUUACAUAAAAGUAGCUGUUAUCUAAGUGCCUUCCUGCAACAACAUAACUGAGGGUGGUUCUGAGCUUGGGACUGGGUGCAGGACGUGGGUGUGUGUGUGUGUGUGUGUAUGUGUGUUGUCGCAGGUGACGCUGAACUAGUUAUUCCGUGUAGUAAAACAUUGGACUCCUUUGCAUGGAGGAUCUCAGUAAGCUACAGUGCAUGGUUCAUCAACUGAUUCAGAUUCAGUUAUGUUAAGUCUGCCAACUGAUGAUGUAGGGCAAGGCAACAACUGAGUGCUCAAAAAUAUGAAUCACAGUGAGUUUUGACCUCCUUUAGUAUUCUGGAUGGAGGGCAUACCUUGCAAAAUGACCCUGUGUGAACAAAAGGAAAUAUAUAGAAAUAAUAUGUAAAACUAAAC